UCGGCAUUGUCUGAGUUGACGGUUGGGGUUCUGUGUGACUUUCGGCAACCUCUUGAGUGUUUCUUGUGCGUUAUCGGCACUGUCUGCGUCAAUUUUUGGCGUCUGUUUCAAAAAGAAAAUUGUCUGUAGAGGUGAUUAUCGACACUCUAUUUCAGAGAGUGUAUUGUGGAUUUCUGAACUUUUCGGCACAUUCUAUAAGUGAUUUUUGGGCUACGAUACGUUGUAUUGCGUGUGGGUGAUAAUUUCUCAGACUAUAGGCAUUAUCUGGAGUAGUUUGGUGCUUCUCGGUGAGGUUUGUUGCAGCUAGGGUUUCUUGUCUAUCAUGUCUUCUGAAAUUAGAGAUUCUCUUCUGGUUCAAUUCAAUGGAAAAAAUUAUGCUGCGUGGUCUUUUCAGUUUCAACUUUUGGUGAAAGGAAAGGAACUUUGGGGUCAUAUUGAUGGGAGUAGUGUGGCACCAGAAGACAAAGAUCAGCAAGCUUCUUGGGAAAGCAAGGAUGCUCGAGUCAUGUCUUGGAUUCUUAGAUUUGUUGAUCCCCAUAUUAUCUUGAAUUUACGCUCAUUCAAGAAUGCUCGUGAUAUGUGGAAUCAUCUCAAGCGGCUAUAUACUCAGAAUAAUGCAGCUAGGAGAUUUCAACUCGAACUAGAGAUGUCGAAUUUCUCUCAGGGAGCUCUCUGUGAAGGAGUUUUAUUCUGGUUUUUGUAACUUGUGAACUGAGUAUACAAAUAUUGUAUACACUUCAAUUCCAGCAACAAGUUUGGCCGAUAUUCAAGUUGUUCAUGAAGCAAGUAUGCGGGCACAGUUUCUUAUGAAACUAAGGCUAGAAUUUGAAUUUAUUCGUGCUAAUCUGAUGAAAUGAGAUCCAGUGCCUCCACUUGAUAUGUGUUUGGGAGAGAUAUUUCGAGAGGGGAAAAGAUUGAUGACUCAAACAACUAUGGAACAAGCUACUCCAACUCCUGUGGCAUAUGCAUCUCAAGGAAAAACCAAAGGGAGGGAUUUGAGCACUACUCAAUGCUAUAGUUGCAAAGGUUAUGGGCAUCUUGUUGCAAAUUGUUCUAAGAAAACAUGCAACUAUUGCAAGAAGCAAGGACAUAUUAUUAAGGAUUGUCCAAUACGUCCUCCACAUCGCCAAACAACUGCCUAUUCAGUUGUUGUUGAGGCUACUAGUGCUGCCAGUUCUAUCUUGGCCACUUCCCCUCAUGUUCCAGCUUCCACUUCUCAAAAUUCCACUCCUAUUACACCAGAAAUGGUCCAACAAAUGAUCAUCUCAGCUCUUUCAGCUUUUGGUAUUUUAGGAUCAGGUGAUCGGAAAGAUGAUCGCAAGGGGUCCUAAAGAGGGUCGGCUGUUUCCUUUAUGUUUAGAUUCAAAAUCUGUUGAGUCAAAGUCUUUAUCUUUGUUUUCUUGUAAUGUUGGUACUUUGAGU